UUAGCAUUUGUAUUUGUAUUUAUAACAAGAGAAACCCAAUGGGCCAUUUAACACAAAUAUGAAAUAUCUUUAACUUUGCUACUACCUUGUAUGUGACCGACAAGAGAAUAUUGUCGUCUCCGUUGACUUUGUCUCCGAUCUGUAAAUUUUUUUGUCAGAUCAUGGUUCUUGAUGGCAUAAUAACUUCGCCUCACAGGAGAACACAGACUGCAUUUAGUUCACCUGCCUUCAAAAAGCAAUAUACAAAGGAGGAUGAAUUGGGUAGCUUCUCCACAAUCAUCAGGCGGCAUCGCUACCUACUGACUGCUCUUGUACUCCUUACUCUCCUCUGUACCGUUUAUCUGUAUUUUGCUGUUACAUUAGGAGCUGGGGACGUAUGUUCUGGCUUGAGCGGGGCGCAAAAGGCAUUGUGUCGUGUCCAAAUACCCAAAGAAUCGAUUGCAAGGCGAAAACUCAAAUUAUGAUAGAAGUUGUUUCAUUUUUUUUUUUACCAGCAGAGAGAAGUUGUUUCAUUUUCAUCUCUUUUUCUAGCUGUAUGAUGAUGGUGAUAUAAUGUAAAAACGUUACAGUUCUCGUU